AUGAAAAUGACUAACGCCAGGGGGUACAGUCAUGAUGUCUUCUAUCUCGCCAAGGACGAGAGACCGAUUCACGACACCGAGCUCAGCGAUCCUAUCAGCCUUUCGUAUAUUCUUGGAAAAGGCCCUCUCAAACGCCAGUACGACAAAUUGUGCAGCGAGAAGCUGUCGAUAAUCCGAUUUUCCAGACUCAUAGCCGAGGCGGUCUUGAGAUUCGAUCUGCGGGACCGGGAUCCGAGUCCGGAAGACAGUGUUGUCUUUUGCAUAUCCCCCAAGAACGUCCUUGCGCCAUUCCUGGUGAGGUUCCUCACGAAAGCAAAGAUGCCAUCGAUUGCCGCUGAAGUCGACGACAAUGCUUCUCAGCAAAGGUCUCUGCAGUUGCUCAAGCUCGGUGAGGUUCUUCUGAAGCUAGGGCUUCCUAAACCACGACGGAUGAGUAUGCCGCCCUUGGAACUGAAAGACCGCAGGACAUUCAUCAAGUCGGCCGUGUCGGACGUCCGCUCCAAUAUUAAUAACACCUUCUCCGAUGUCAUCAUCUCGUGUGAAAAUUUCUCGGCAAAAUACGAAGACACAAGCAAGUGGCCCGAAGAGAAUUUCAAUCAAAUAUUUUAUAGGAGUAUUGUGCAGCCGCUCAAGGACAUCGAGAGGAAUUUAUCACAGUAUCAGAUACCUAAACAUUGA